AACUGCUUAUAUGAGCGAAGCGUAGGUCCUUUAGUAAAGCGUAGUUCCGUAUUUCUCUCACAAGUUAGCUCGCUAACAAACUUAACUUCGGUAGGCUAUUUCCCUGUCAUACAUGCAGCUUCGUGGAUUCCUUAUUGUUUUGUAAACACCGAACUCACAACGUGAAGGUGUAUUCUUAACAUUUUACCGAUAUGGGACGUAUUGUUCUUUUGCUGUGCCGCGGUGGUGCUGACUUCCUAGUGUUACAGGUACGCUAAAGAGACACCUGUCUCUGGGAAAAUUUUUUGAAGAGCAAUUGCUUGUCGACAUGUGUCGCCUAUUUCGUAUCGUAGAUCACAUCAUGUAUGCUACAGACAUCGUUGCUGAAACUUUUCAAGAAUGCUGUAUGAAAAGCAAUGUAUGAAAUAAAGGGGUAAUGUUGUGUUAGAAGUGGUAGCCUGGCACAUUCUUCAAGAUUCCGAGCAUGCAGGCCGCGAGAUAUGUUUUCUCUUUAAAACACAAAGCCCACAUAAUAACAGCACCUUCCACGGCAGCCCUGUUGUCGGUGACAGGACAGAAGAUAAUGCAUAUUCAGCGUGAGGCCUGGCGUUUCUGCCCCAGUCUGGAUGGAUGAGCUGGCCCUGCUGGAUUUACUGGAGUGCCCCCUGUGUUUGGAGCGGUUGGAUGUGACAGCCAAGGUGCUGCCAUGCCAGCACACCUUCUGUAAACCGUGUCUGCGCAGGUUGGCGGCGGCGCACUCUGAGCUGCGCUGCCCGGAGUGCCGCGCAAUUGUGCCUGCGGGAGUCGAGGAGCUCCCUGCCAACCUCCUGCUGGUGCGUCUCCUUGAGGGCCUCCACCAGGGUCCCGGGGCAGGCAUCCGAGCAGGAACAGGAAUGUACAGUGCACCUCUCGCUAAGGACCAAUCAGUAAGAAGAUCCAGACAUGCUCAGUAUUCUCAAUCCCCCCAACGCAGGCAGACGCAGGGCCACAGGAAUGCUCUGGAUGGGGUUCCAUGGGCCCGAGCCCUGUGCAAUUACAGAGGAAAUGUUCCUGGUGAGCUCAACAUAAAAUCUGGUGACAUCAUCAUCUUGCGCCGGAAGGUUGAUGAGAACUGGUACCAUGGAGAGGCCAAUGGCAACAGUGGGCUGGUCCCAGCCAACGUGAUGCAGGUUGUCAACCAGUUGCCCCAGCCUCUGCCCCUUUGCCGCGCUCUUUAUGACUUUGAUACGAAGGACAUGGACCAGGAAGAUGUCCAGAACUGCCUAAAUUUCUUUAAGGGAGACAUUAUCUCCGUGAUAAGACGAGUGGAUGAGAACUGGGUUGAAGGGAAGCUGGGAGAAAAAGUUGGAAUUUUUCCUAUCCAGUUUACAGAACCCAACUCCGCUGCCGCCAAACUCCUGGACAAACGCAAGGCUAACGGGACCACGGAGUCAGGACCCCAGGCGCGGAGUGGGAGCGGGAGCAGACUCCCUGUGCCCAGUGCUCCAGGAGCCCCCAACCGUUCCAGCCACCCCCAGGGCCCCGCAGACAUCAGCCCAAUCUUCCUUGGCUCCAGCACCCUCGCUGUGGUGCCUCGGGUGGGUGAGAGUCGCAGCGAGGGCAACAGCAGCUCCCUGCCUCAGGGGUCUCCGGUGGUUCCAGGUGAGAGAAAGCCUAGCGCUGACCCAGCAUCAACCACCGUCGCCAUGGCACUUAUGAACCCUCAGUCCCAUUCAGCUACCAUGGAAAGCAAGCAGUCCUCCAACCAACAGGUUUCCAUCAGCGUGUGUGCUGCGCUGUACCCCUACACACCGUGCCGCUCUGAGGAGCUGGAGCUGAGGAAAGGGGAGAUGGUGGGCGUGUACGGGAAGUUCAAGGAGGGCUGGCUCCGUGCUCUGUCUCUGAGAACCGGCAAAGUGGGAAUCCUGCCAGCCAACUACGUCACACCUGUGCUCCGAACUUCUGCUAGGUUCCUGGACCCCAAAUCUUCCCAGAGUCAGAAAUCUUCCACAGAAAAGAGGCCUGUGGCAGCCAAGCCACAUGCCCCUGUUAUCACCAAUGGCACAGUCAGGCCUGCUGGGCAGGCUCACUUGGUUGCCGUGACAGCAUCUGGCAGUGGCAUGAGAGUAGCUCAACAGGAAGGAGUGCAAGGUAGAAGCAUGAAACACAGACGGCCUUCCGUGCAGGGGAGGCUGCACAGCCGGAAUCCAGCCCCAGGCGCAGCUGUGGUUCGGCCCCAGCAGCCACUUCCCUCCGGGGGCUUGGCACAGAUGCAGGGCCUCACUUGCAUGCCUGCUAUGCAGCGAGGGAGACACAACCACCCUGAAAACCUCAGCAGACCCAUGUGCUGGGUCUCUGAGACAACACUGCCCUCUGCUGGUGACUCUCUGGUACUUGACUUAAGAGAUAAUCCUGCCAAAGAGCUGCCGGACAGGCAGGUCACUACCGGUCUGCAGUCCAUCCUGGUGAAACCAGACGCCCACAAGAAUAACACAGAGAAGCCCAUGAAAACAGUGCGCUUCCUCACCCAAGAGGCUCCAGCCAAUGGGCAGAGGAUGGUUGCUGCGCCGCUGGGGGGACCGGGGAGCCCCAGUGUGCAGCCUGUGGGCCUAGGCCUGGAGCUGUGGGUCAGUCAGACCCUGGGUGGCUCCAUGCCCAUGGACGGCAAUAUGGCCACUCAGAAGAAGAUCUUGGCAAUGGAUCCUGCUUCUGUAGAUGGACUCCCACCCUGCCUAAAACCAGCCCCCUGCAGGUACAGAGUUAUGGUUGCAUACGCUGCACAGACUGAUUCAGAGAUGCAUUUGCGGGAAGGAGAGCUGGUUCUGGUGCAGCGGCCUCGGCAGGAUGGCCGAGUUCUGCUGACCCAGGAGAAGAGUGGGAAAACGGGCCUCUUCCAGAGCGUCGUGUUUGAGGUUCUGGAGAAACUCAGCUGACCCUAGUUACUGAAUCAACUCUGUUCUACCCCCACUGCCAAAUCCUCCUGCCUACUGUGUGUGCGUGUCUGUUUCGGAAAGAUGACCAGUCUGUUACACUCCCACCUGCUGUGUAUGUGUGUGUGUGCGUGCAUGCGUGUCUGCCUGUCUGUCUGUCUGUCUGGUACACGCCCUCCUGGUGUGUGCAUACAGUACCUGUGUUUUUGAGGGAUGGACAGGGUGUUACACUAUCCAGGCAGCAAUCACUGGUAUACUGAAUUAAGUCUGUUCCAUUCGCUCCGCUGUCUGGCGAUGUAGAACCCUUACAACUAAAUCCAGUGACAAAUAACAAAUGAAAUGUGCAACACAUUUUUUUGUACAUUUCAUUACAUUUAUUUGGCAGAAUCUUUUAUUUAAAGUGACAGACAAUCAGUGCAUGCCGGAGGUCAUUGGAACAACUACAAAACACAGGUCCGAUAAGGUACAAUACUCAUUAUGUAACAGUUAUUCAUAGACAUAAACACAGCAAGCAUAGUCUAGGUCAGAGAGUAAUGUUAAGUCAGACAAGGAGGCAUGACAACAAGCUACAACAUUAAGAUAAUGAUACAAAUACAAUAUAAGUGUUGGGUGGAGCUACAUGUGACAUGGAAGUGGCACAGGAGGUACAUGUGUAACAUGAAAGUGCUAUUGGAACAAAGUCGAAGGAUACAAUAUAUGUGAUAAGAAUGAUCCUAGAUUGGGAGUGCCCUGCAGAGCAGUGAUAGUUAGUCCAGGUAUAGACUGAAGAGAUGUGUCUUCAGACCACGGUAGAAGAUGGGCAAUGACUGAGUGGUUCAUAGAGGAACAGGGAGUUUGUUCCACCACUGGGGAGCUAGGGUGGAGAAGCUCCGUGUUAGGGACAAGCCGAGGGAAGGUUGAAGACAAGUCGGGCAGCAGCAUUUUGAAUCACCUGUAGACACUGUAUGGCACAAGCUAGCAGGCCUGCAAGGAGGGAGUUGCAGUGAGUUCAAGACAGGAGGUCACUAUAGCCUGGACAAGUAGCUUGACGGAGUGCAUAGUCAGGUAUGGUUGAAUCCUCCUAAUGUUGUACUGGAGGAAUCUGCAGGACUGUGAUGUUGCUUUGAUAUUAGCAUUACUAUCCUCUUUAUUAUAAUGAAUUACAGUAGAAUUUUCUCCUUCAAACGUGGGGUAAAAAUGAACCCGGUUAAGUUGAAAAGAACUAAUAUAACAAUCACGGUCAAGAGGUGCUAAACACAGCACAGGUCUGAGUAACACUGUCAUACAGCAUGCAGUUACCAGCAAUGCCGAAGUAAAAUUUCAUACACAAUGAACAGUUGGAAUGGUUUUACAGCUAUCACAAAAAUCCCAAAAUGUUGCAUUUCAUGUUGGUCAUGUCCUCAACAAAAGCUAUUUAAAACUAUAAGGAGAUUGUACAUUUGAUGACAAAAUUCAGACUGCAGGCAGUGUGUCAUGCAUUUCAUGUUGCCAGCUUGUGCUUUAGUUGCUCUUUUAUAAUAGUAUAAAAGAGCUACUAAUGCUCUUUGACUCCCAGCAUCCAAAGAGGAUUUUCUGGCCAUUUUUACCAUUUAAAUGUUUCCCGAUUAAGGGAUUUCUGUGGAUUACCCAAAGGCGAGUUUCAUUGAAUGCAAAGCCAUGGCCUUUACUAUAAUUAUAUGUUUCCGUCCCACUGUAUAUAUGCUAUGUACGUUCAUUUGCCAAUAUUGUCCUCAUUACAUACUAGUUAAUAUCAGUAGACAUGUCUCCUGUUUAUCAAUGGCAUUUGAGUUCAUAUGAUAACUCCAUUAAAAGUCCACUGCCAUGUUAAAAUGCACUUUAUUUACAUGCAGUAUCUACCAAAGCAGAGGGAAUCCUUUCAUUAUGAACCUGUCCAGCAUUUCGAAAUGCUAAGUAUACUCAGUUGUUGGUAUCCUCAGUUAUUCAAAUUAAAACAAGAAUUAUAAAAUGUAGAAUUAAAGUAUUGCUCUAGUAGUCUGUGGUAGAAUUUUGUAAAAACCGGUUCCAAACUCACAGGUGCACCGUACUAGGAGUUUAUCUUUCAGACAAAGGCAUUUAUGAUAUGUCCCACACUGGGAAGUAAAGUGAAUUGUAAAAGUCAAUGAGAAGAGCCAGAGAGCCUUGGGUGUAGGAGCCAAAUGUAAGUGGAAUGCUAGAGAAACUUGGAGUGCCUGUCACAUACGCCCAGGUUUUCACAUUACCGUUUGGCACUUUGCGGUUUAGCUCCAUUGCAAAUAGGAUGUAAAGCAGUGGAUGAUGUGGACCCAGUGGAUGUUUUUUUUUUUUUUGUCAAAAUGUAUUUAUACAGUAUAUUGUCAAAAUACUUGGAAAUUUAGUUCAGUUGUGGCUGUAAGAGAAAUACAUGAGCAGAGAAAAAAAAAAUCUGAAGAUAAUGUACUUCUCUUUUAUGUUUGUCACAAAGGUCAGAUCUUGUAAUGAAUAUGAAAGAAGGAAUCUGUAAAUGUUACACUUUGGACAUACAGAAACAAGCCUUUAUGAUGUUGCUAGCUAUGGAUUUAUUAGUAUGUUUGAUUGCAUUGCUGUUUAUUUUUAUUUUUUGGAAACCGUAGUAUCCUGACAUGUUAUUCUUAUUCCUCUCAUAGUUAUUAUUAUAAUGGUACCCUUAUUGCAGCUCUCAGUGUUGGCAUGAACACAAUGGCCGUAGUUAAUGCCUUGGAAAAAUAAACAAAUUUCCAGAAACA